GUGACUUUUACGUCAUGCCGUUCAAGAUCAAGUCUAUUCCAGACACGACCCUGACAGGCUGGCAAACAAUAUGUUAGCGGUGACUGGCCGGAGAGCGGUGCCGUGGGGACUCGGGGCAGGCCGGGCCCCGGGGGUGCUGCUGCUGCGACAGAUUAGCGCUUUACCAAACUAUUCUCUCCCUAAAGAGGUAAAGAUAGUGGAAGUGGGACCUAGGGAUGGACUUCAGAAUGAAAAGGCUAUUGUUCCAACUGAAGUUAAAAUCCAGCUGAUCAAUAUGUUAUCCGAAUCUGGACUACAAGCAAUAGAAGCGACGAGCUUUGUGUCUCCAAAAUGGGUUCCGCAGAUGGCGGAUCAUAUCAAUAUCAUGCAUGGAAUAAAGAGGUUCCCUAAUGUCAGCUACCCAGUGUUGACCCCAAAUCUCACCGGAUUCCAGAAGGCGGUUGAAUGUGGUGCCAAAGAAGUAGCCAUAUUUGGUGCAGCUUCUGAGCUUUUCAGUAAGAAGAAUAUUAACUGCACCAUAGAAGAAAGUUUGCAGAGAUUCCAGGCAGUGACAGAGGCAGCUAAAGAAGCAAAUAUACCUGUACGAGGGUAUGUGUCGUGUGUUCUUGGUUGCCCAUAUGAAGGAAAAGUGUCUCCUAGUAAAGUGGCAGAGGUGGCACACAAGAUGUUUUCCAUGGGUUGCUAUGAGAUCUCCUUAGGGGACACUAUUGGAGUUGGGACACCUGGCAGCAUGCGUGAAAUGUUGACCACGGUUCUGGAUGUAAUUCCUGCCAAGGCGCUAGCCGUUCACUGUCAUGAUACGUAUGGGCAGGCUCUGGCAAACAUACUCGUGGCUCUGCAGAUGGGAGUGCAGGUGGUGGAUUCCUCUAUUGCAGGUUUAGGUGGGUGUCCUUAUGCACAAGGAGCUUCUGGGAAUGUAGCCACGGAAGAUGUCGUUUACAUGUUACAAGGCCUAGGCAUCCACACAGGCAUUGAUUUAAAGAAGCUUACAGAAGCUGGGGCCUUCAUCUGCAAAGCUCUGGGGCGAAAGAGCAGUUCUAAAGUGGCACAAGCAAUGUGCAAACUAUAAGAUUAAACCCAUGGAGGGUGCACAAUGUCCCCUCCAAACAUCAGGCCCUUUCUGGAUUCUUUGAGAUCUGUUUCUAAUGGAUCAGCGGAUGGAUUUCCAAAAAAAGAAAAAAACUUUCUUUGUUCAAGAACGCACACAUGUGAUUACAGGAGCGGUUCUUGUUUUUUGUGCGGUUUAUAAUGUUUUACAGAUCUGUUAAUGAUCCCAAUGGGAUAAUGUGUGUUUGAGAGUAAUUAUACUAAAAGUAUUAAAUGGAGGCACACAAGAAACCCUCUACCAGUAA